AUGUCGGGCACCGAGCGCCUGCCACUGCUAGUCAUCGGGAAGGCACAUAACCCAAGGUGUUUUAAGAACAUUCACCACUUCCCUGUGCAAUAUCGCGCCAAUAGAAAGGCCUGGAUGACCUCGGAUAUUUUCCAAGCUUGGCUGCGCCAACUCGACCGCCGCUUCUCCGCUAACAAGCGCAAGGUUUUACUUCUAGUUGACAACUGCAGCGCUCAUACCAGAGUGACAGGGCUGGAGUGCAUCGAACUUGUAUUUCUACCUGCAAACACGACGGCUGCUCUGCAACCGCUGGAUCAAGGGAUAAUUCAGCACGUAAAAAGCAGGUACAGAAAGCAUGUGCUGGAACGGAUCCUGCUGUGCAAGGAAGCAGGGCGAGAAUAUGACCUGAGUCUCCUGACCGCAAUUCACAUUUUAGCGCAUGUCUGGAGCGACACGCCGCCCGCGGUCAUUGCAAAUUCUUUCCGGCACAGCGGCUUUGUCCGCCCUGACGACUCGGAUAUUCCUCCAGAGGCCACUCCAGAGGACACCCGCGAGCCCACUGGAAAUAUGGAUGACGAGGUGAAUGACACUCGUUUUGACUCUCUCCUUCCUAGUGGCAUCCAGAUUUUAGACUACGUCGCUAUAGACUCUGAUGUUGCCGUUGCUGGUCCGCUGACUGACGAUGAUAUAUUAUCGGAAGUGCUUGAAGAGGACCAAAAUCACUGUUCCGAUGAUGACGGCCAGGAUGAGCCGACGCGACGUCGCCGCACCGUGCAGGAGGCCGCCAAAGCCCUCGCUAUCCUCGAGGAGUUCUGCGUUUGUUCUCGCGACAGUGAACGUGCGCACCACCACCUGAUGGGACUAAAUAAGAUCGUUUUGUCAGAAAUUCCGACGGCGAGGCAGACAAAAAUAACCCACUUUUUUAAGAAAUAA